AUGGAUUGGUUUAACAGCGAUCAACGACAGAUGGACGAUUUCGUCAGCGCCAACAACUGGCACGUGCUACUGUCGCCCGACCCUAAUGCAACGCCUAGUCCGGGGGAGGGGCAAGGCAAGGUUGCGGAUGAUGAGGGGCCGAAGAAGUAUAGUCCGCAGGUGACAUUGUGGCUGGCCAAGAAUUUCGUCGACGUAUCCGAGGAUCCUAUCAUCGGCAACCAGCAGAGCGGCAAAGUGUUCUGGCAGCGAAUUGCAGAGAAGUACAACGCUGGCCGUCCUAGAGGGUCGUUCGAGCGUAGCUACAUGAAGCUACGCAAGCAUUGGGGUCGGGUCCAGAAGGAGAUGAACAAGUGGAAUGGCAAGUGGAUGAACGUAGUCCGGAUGUGGCCGAGCGGGCACAGCGAGAUGGAUCUCGUGGAGAAGGCCAGGGCGGAGUUCUUCUCUGACGGGAAGAAGCAUUUCAAGUACUUCGACGUUUGGAAGAUUGUCGAGAAGAACCCGAAGUACACCGGUGGGGCAGAACCUGCGCCAAGUGGGGCGCCAAAGAGAACCAAAGUUUCCCCCGCCGGACACUACUCGUCGAGCGAAGGAGGUCCACCAAUCGACCUGAACGUGACAGACGACGACGUCUUCCUCUCAUCCCCUAGCACUCAAAGCCGUCCGAUGGGAACAAAGACGGCAAAGAGGAAAGCGAAGGGGAAGGCAACAGCGAGCUACUCCGCUAUGUCGCCGCCGCCCAAUCCUUCCCUAGAUAAGAUAUCCGACUCUAUGUCGGAUAUGAGUAUUACCUGGAGGAUGAGCCAGCUGACGGAGUUGACAUCGAGGGAUACCUCGACAAUGCCAGAGUUCGAUCUCGAGUUGCACCAUGAGAUGAUCGCCUACCUUCGUCGUGUGCAUUUGUCAGUUCUUGCUGGAGGUAUUAAAAUGGAAUAA